GAACCUCAACCUCAGUCAGUAGCCAGUAGCCAUCAGUAUCAGUACCAGUACAGUGACAGCGAGAGAUGAAGACAUCAUGGUGCGUGUGUGUGUGCAUGUGUGUUUUAGUGCUAGUGGAUGGUAAGAGGUUCGGGUUCGGUGGAGGUGGUCGUCGUGGAGGAUCGUCGUCCAGCAAACAUCGCAUCCCUUCACCUCCACCGCCACCGCCACCAUCACACACCAGCAACCACGGCAGCGGCUCCAGUGGAACCUUCCUCAACGCGGAGCGUAGUGGCAGUGGGACGACUCAUAACCGUGGCAACCCUUUCGGUAAUUCUGCCCCUCACCCUCCCCAGACCACUGGCCCUGUAGGGUUCGAGAGAUUCGGUACUCCGGGUCAGCAAGGCGGUCAUCAAAUAGGGUUCGACAAAAUUAAUUCCCCAACUCCCAACAGACAGAACCCUUACAACCCCAGUGCCCCCCCGGGCCCGGUGGGACCUCCUCCUGCGUACCCUGGAACACACUCGGGUACACACUUCGGGGGUAAUGACCAUCCUCCAGCCUACCCCGGCCGCCCAGUGAACGCUCCGCCGCAAUACACACCGAAUGGCCAGCACUACCCGCAGCAACCGUUUGGUAACGGUUUCCCUCACCAGACCCAACACGGUAGUCCUAACUACGGAUCGUAUCCGGGCUACGGAAACUCGCCGUACCCAGGAGGCUUCCCCGCAGGAGGGUCUAAUUUCGGAGGAGGAUAUCAUCCUAACACCUAUCAAGGUAACUCUUACGGAGGAAGUCCCUUUGGAGGUGGAGGCUACAGCGGUAACCCGUACUACAGCCCCAACAACUUCGGCUACAGCAACAACCCUGGAUACUUCGGAGGGGGUGGUUACCCGGGUCAAUACGGAUAUCAAAAGAAGAGCCGAUUCGGAGGAUUGCCGAUCCCGAUACCUAUUCCUAUUCCGAUUCCUUUCGGAGGCUUCGGCGGAGGAUACGGAGGAUUCGGUGGCCACGGACACAGCUACAACCAUCGCGUGCUCGAUACCUUCAUCAAGUCAUCGAAUACUUCUUUGGACAACUCCUCCACAUCUGUGUUUCUACUGAAUAACAUGACCGUCACGCCGUGCACGACCGACCACUUCCAGUACGACACGGUCAGGGUGACGACAAUGGCGUGUACAGCGGAGGCGUGCACCGCAGUCAAGGUGUUGACCAGGACCAAUGUGUCGUCCGUGGAGACGAUGCAUGGUGGAACAGUGACUUUGUGUCUGGAGGGUGAGAACGCUACAGUAUCGUCCAACGGCCAUCUCGUCACACCUACAGUGUCCGCAGUGAUGACAGAAAGUAUAACUGUCUGCAGGAACGUGUCCAGCAACGAGACUAAAACAGCCAACAAGACCGAGGAAGCCACCACGACAACUGUGCCAGAGACCACCACGUUGGACCUCACCACUACAACAGCGGCGGCCGUGGUCAACACGACGGUUUGUGAGAAGGUCAAUUGCUCCUGGGUCGAGAUGUGUCUCCCCGCAGUGGAGGUGGUGGACAAGUGCACCACGGAGCCGUGUCCGUUCAAGCGUACCGGAUACAAGCCUUGUGUGGUGAUUAAGAUGUGUAGAGCCCCCAGUGCACCUGUCAGUACCUUCGCCACUCUCAACACGACGAUAUCCAAGAUAGACGAGUACAGCAACCACCAGGAUGUGUAUGAUGCGGCCAACCUGACCCUCAUAUCGUACCAUCCCCCGGUCAUCCCCGUGUUCAACACCACCACAGUCAACGCUACGAGUACAUCCACCCCCGCUCCUUCAUCUUGACGAGCUCACAACCCUCUCACGUCUCUGCUGGGACGUCAUUGUGAUAUUAAACUUUUUAUGCUCAUGCCCAACGCUGGAUGGGACCUGAAAGACGACACUAAGUAAAUUGUAAUGACGUAGAGUUUUUUAAUAAAUUAUUUUUGUUCUAUUUUAAA